CCGCUGUGUACCGGAUUUAAAACAAAAAAGAAAAAUCGAAGUUUGUGAACACGCGUGCGUUAAUAGAUUCGGAUGGACCGCCUCGAAUUAAUCGACUAAUUGGGGCAUCUUAUCGGUUGCUGUUUCAUCACAACCGUGCGGAGAGGAACGAACAAAGCGCUUGUGCUAUAUAAAGAGAAACAACAUAUUUGGAAACAUCAUCAACAUUGGCACAUAACAUUGAAACGAAAUUGAAAGUGUGCGAAGUGAAGCCUAACCUAGGGAGGGAAACGAAACCACUUGGACUAGAAGUUCCCGUGUGUGCGCGGGCAGAACAGAGCAGCAACAACAAUCUUUGGUGGUGACGAAAAAAAGAAGGAAUACAAUAUUCGAUGCAUUAUCCUACUAUGACGAUAUGGAGCCUGUUUGGAUGUCUGGCCAUCCUCGCGGGGACUGCCUGGGCGGCGUAUGAAAGACCUCCUUACGUACUGCCCUGUCGACGAAAUGAUCCGGAGAUUAACAAAUGCAUCAAAAACUCCUUCAACCACAUCCGUCCGUACAUCUCGCGUGGUUUGACGGAGCUGCGGACUCCCCCGCUGGAACCGCUCAGGAUCGAAGAGCUGGCCAUGGAGAACAACGCCGGAGCGGUGCGAAUCAAAGCGCUUUUCACCGACAUUGUUGCCAAUGGUGCCGGAAACUACACGAUCAAGGACGUCCGCAGCGAUGUCAAGAAACUACGCAUUGACAUGAGCCUGGGAAUCCCGCGGGUUGAAACUCGGGGCAAGUACGAAAUCAUCGGAAAUGUUCUCCUGCUGCCGGUUCGCUCCAACGGUGAAUUCUGGACUGAGUUUAGUGACAUCAGUGCCAUCGCCAAAAUCUUCGGAAAACCAACUGAACGCGACGGAGAAAUGUUUAUGAGCGUAGAAAAGAUGCUGGUGGACUUCACGAUGAAGAACGCCCGCUUCAAGGUGAAGGACCAUGUUAACACCCAAAGUGUGCUAGGGGAAGCCAUCAACCAGUUCCUGAAUCAGAAUGCCAACGAGUUGAUCCAGGAAAUGAGACCAGCCGCCUCCCAAAGUAUCGCGAAGCUGUUCCGUAAAUUCCUAAACGAUGCCUUCAGCAACAUCCCGAUGCGAUUGUGGCUGCUAGAAGAUUAGAAAGUGUUGAUCACUUUUGCGAGUGUGUGUUAAGAGUGUGUAAAUGCAGUAUAAUGUUAUGUUAGCCGCUAAGUGAUACGUUAACCUGUAUGAUUUGACUUUAGUUUGACUUCAGCAAAGAUGAAAUAGUUUUUAGGAUACAUUUUUUAGGAAAAGAAAUGAGGUGCGCGUAUUUGAGGUUAUACAUACAUCUGUUAGAUUCAUUGGUUCAUAGUUUUAAAAGAGAGAAAACUUCAACCACAACACAUCUCUUUAGGUUCAAACUAUUGAAGAUUUUUAUAGUAAAACUUAUAAUUUUGAACUCUUUUGCAUUUAAAACAAUCAUAACAGUUGACCAUUUCAACUGAGAUAAAAAAAACAGUUGCGAUUCGAAAUGUUAUCAAAAUUUU